UUCCGCGCAUCACCGUAUCUGCAACAUUAUGUCAUCACAAGGCAGUAUUCGGGUUCUCACACCGGUAACUGGAGCACGGUGCAAGUUUAGCCUUUAUCAUAAGAGGUCCGACAACGAACGACUUUAAGACUUUUUUCUUAAAUGCACACGAAAGCGUGUGUAUUUUAGAGCAACACGAAUGCAGUAUGCUGUAGUCCGGGUACCGCUUCGAGUCACUUCCUUGUCCUGCGGAGAGGAGAAAGCAGUGACGUUGGUGGACCGGUCUGCGCUCUGCAAGGCGGCUGUAACGUUACCGCCGCAGAGAGAAACGACCCACGCCGGCGCGCGAACACCGACGUCUCGCGCGUGCCGAAAUGUUUUGCCGUGGACCCCGACGAUAGGCUGGCGGUUACUAGGCGACGCUCGACCGGGAGACAGCCGUUAACAGCUGCCGCACUAUCGGUGCACCGGUGACCAUGUCCUUGGUGAAGAAUGACGAGGAGCAGCGAUGGGUGCCGACCCACGUGCAGGUAACUGUGCUACGGGCCCGAGGGCUGCGCGCGAAGGGUAAACACGGCACCAGCGACGUUUACACCAUCAUCCAGCUGGGCAAAGAGAAAUACUCCACCUGUGUGAUGGAGAAGACCACGGACCCGGAAUGGGGCGAGGAGUGCUCUUUCGAGCUGCAGCCGGGGGUCCUGGAGGGGGGAGGGCGAGACGCGAUCCCACCCGGUGCUGGCGACCUGACCCUCACCGUGAUGCACCGAGCUCUCAUAGGACUGGAUGUGUUUCUGGGCCAGGCUGUCAUACCUCUGGAUGAAGCAUUUCAGGAACGGAAAUACAUGAGAAAUGAGUGGUACCGGCUGCAUUCUAAAACUGGCAAAAAGGAGAAAGAACGAGGGGAGCUUCAGUUGACCGUACAGUUCACCCGGCACAACCUGACGGCCAGCAUGUACGACCUUUCCAUGAAAGACAAACCUCGUUCUGCUUUCGAUAAGCUCAGAGAACGCAUGAGAGCUAAGAAGCGCUCUAUCGAAGAAGAUUCCUCUUCUGCCAUUGUCUCUGGUGGAUACGGAGCACUGGCACACAUG